CUUUUUUCAGUUUAUUUCUACAGUAGACUUCACCUCCAAAUCUUGAAGGGUUAAACAUACAGUAUCAUUGGGUACCCUCUAGCGGCUAAUAUGAGCACUAUGGCAUUAAAAUGAAAUGCUACAGUGUAUUUUUAACAAUCAAAGGAGCUGAAGUGACAAAAAUACGUCAUUGCCUGUUGUGAGCACGGAUGUACACGAGGUCAUCUGAGAUUCAUUUCUUUUUAAGUUCAUUAGUUUGUAACGCUUUGUAGCUCAAAUAUGCAACUAUGAUAUCAUGAAGCGUAACACUCGGUUCAUAAGAAGAGGGUUAGCUGGUUUAGGGAACAAGUUUUUGGUUAUUCCUCUGUUUUUGAAGACCAGUUUGCCCUCUAAGUGUCGUCCAGUGCUUCUCUGUCGAACUUACCGUCCAAGGUUUUUGCAGUCCUAACUGUGUUGAGACCGGAAGUCAUGUGCUUACUUCCUUGGCAACCGGGAGUCCCUGGCAACCGCAGAACAAAACAGGCAAAAUAAUGGCGAAGAUAAUCGAUGCCAAAAAAUCACUUUGGCAACAAGUGUGUGAAGAGUAUGAAGCUGAGCAGCCCAGUCCUCCCAAUGCUGUGUGGACAGAUACCAGCUCAGAGAGCACUCAGCUCUCCCAGUACAGCGCCAGUACACACUCCCCUGUCUUCUAUGGACACACCACAACCAAGAUGUUUGUGGAUGAUGAUCCCCUGAAAGACUUUGACCCUCUUCUGUGCCACCCUGCUCUCACUGGAUACUCUGUGUUAGGAAAAGCUCCACCUUCAAGCCAGAAAACCCUAUCAACAACGGACACUACAUCGCCUCCACAACUCCAUCAACGUCCUGUCACACAGUUCGUGGAACAGAGAGUGUUUCCAGUGUUGUUGCCUGGAUUGGAGGCUUUACUGAAAGAAGCCCAAAAACAGGGCUGUUUCCAGAGGAAAACAACAGCAUUUAAUCCAUGUGACUUUCUAACUGAGUGGCUCUACAACCAUAACCCCCGCAGGCAAGGACAGGUCCCAUUGAACUUCCAUAACAUCCACUUUGUCAAGGACUGGCUCAGCAUGCAUCCUAGGCCUCCCAUCCCUCUGUUUCUGCUGCUGAGAGAGGAUCAGGCUGCUCUGCUCAUCCAGGCUUUCUGGAGGGGAUACAAGAUUAGGGCACGCUCAGAUGUGCAGGAGCUGCGCCAGUGGCAGAAAAAACUGAGAGAGAACCGUGACAUUGCCAAAACUGUCAAGCAAUUCUGGGCCCGACAAGAGAGCAGAGUGGGCUCGGCCAUGGCAGAUCUUCCAGAAAGCCCUCUGCCAGGCAACUCAGAGAUAUCCAUCCAGGUGGUUUCUCCUACCCCUCAGAGCACCGUGGUCCACACUCCCACCAACCAGAUGACCUCUGACAGCGUGUCUCUGCAGAGCAGCAAGGCGAUCUUGUGACGGACGGCUUUCCUGACCAUCCCAGUCACUGAUGUACAGCACCUCACAGUGAAGCAUGAGGAGGGUCAUGUAUCUCCUUUUGCAGGUAUGCGGAUGCCUGGGAGACAGCUGCCACUGGGUGAGGCGAUAAAACAGCCCAUUUCAUUCUGGGGACAUCUGAUAGUGCAGCCAGAGUCUGGCAGCACUGAGCCCAACUGAAACUGGAUCACACGGCGGCAGGAGGGAGUUGGCACCAAGCUGUCAGAGCAAAGCCAGAUAACAACUGGCUCUGGGCUGCGAUUCCAGUCUGAAGGUGGAAGUGUAGAAUACGACUGUGUUUACAGAUUGACAUCCUGGUGUUUGGACAGUAAAACUGGAACAUUUUAGCCCUGUCCUAGGAGGUGGAAGAAAAUGUGGUCUAGGAAUACACUGAUUCUAAAGAGGACAUAUCAUGCACAUUUCCAUGUCUGUAUUUUUAAUCUGGAGCUCUAGUGGAAUAUCUUUG